CUACACCGCCUCUCCGACCAACUCACGGUUGUUGUCGUCGUCUUUUUUUUAAACAGAAUCGUUUAUUUUCUUCAACGAAGCUCGCAGUUGUUAGCUAACUUAGCACCGGAAGUCCGCCAAUAUGUUACCCCUUUUUUUCUAAAUGUCAUCCGUUUAUUGUUGCGUUCGCUCGGCGUGUGUUUAUACAACCGGACCGUGCGUUGACAGCCGGUUGAAACCCCGCAGCAGCAGGUCCCCCCUCCCCUUUCCUCCUCCCACGCGCCCCGCCGCCUCCGUGUAAAAAUAGCCGGCGUUGUCAAGCCGGGCCCGGGUCAACAGUAACGCGACACACCGGGAAAGUGCGCCUUGAACGUGACACCUGCCUUUUUUUUGUGUGUAACUUUGCGGCCGGCGUGAGACCACCACAUAUGUGUCACGGCCACGACCAGGCUGAGCAAGGUGGCUUUUAUGAAGAAGAAAAAAAACCCACCAGGCUGCAGGUGGAUGAAAUGCGGGCAUGUUCCCCCCUGACGCAGCUGUCACUCGCCACAAGCUGCACAGGUGCGCAGGUUCUGGACGGCGUCCCUGCGGGUGGGGAGGGGGACGACGACGCCUGUGUCCGUGUUGCUGGCGGCGCAAGAAAGGCGACCUGGCAUUUUUUCCCCACCCAGAGAGCGCCAAAGCAACGCGAGGACGAGUAGCGAGGCGAAAGAGGAUAAUUGCGUUUCUGGCUGCCCCGUGGGAACAUGGGAUAUAUGACCUCAUCAUCCACCUGCGAGGCUCUCCACUGAACAACUCCACAUAGACGUACGAUGGACGCAGCGGUCGAGGUCGACGACGCCCGCCACGUGCCGUCGUGUGAUGUCAUCAGCCCCUCCACGCCUCCUCCUUUUGUGCGCCCCCUCUGCAGCACUCCCAAACAAGACGAUGGCAGCAAUCCGGAGCUGCAGACACUUUGCAACCCGCCAAAGAAAAAAGCCAAGGCCAGGGGCAAACUCGUGCGCAGUAUGGCUGUGUGCGAGGAGUCCAAGGAAGAGCAGCAGACCGCUCGCAUCACCUCGCCCGCCUGCAACCAGGACCACUCCGCUCCCUGCAAGGAAGAGGAGCAGCAGGAAAAACUCUCCAAAGACUGCAGCGUGGAAUACACCGACUCCACGGGCAUCGACCUGCAGCUGUUCAUCAGGGACACGCUGAACCGGAACCCCAGGGACCGCAUGAUGCUGCUCAAGCUGGAGCAGGACAUGAUUGACUUCAUCACCGGCGAGAGCCUCUUUAAGAAGUUCCCUCACAUGUCGUCCUACCACCGCAUGCUGGUCCACAGGGUGGCGGCCUACUUCGGCAUGGAGCACAACGUGGACCAGACGGGCAAGUCUGUCAUCAUCAACCGCACCAACAGCACUCGCAUACCCGAGCAGCGUUUCCUGGACCAGGUGCACGAGGACAAGGCCUCGGAGAUCCAGCACUGGAAAAGCAUUUUAAAGCGGGACAACAGCUCAGACGAACAGCAGACGUGGCGCUACGCCUCACGCGAGAAGCACAGCAAGUCUGUGGAAGAGAGGGAGGAGGAGUACCAAAGAGCGCGGGAGAGAAUCUUCAGCCAAGAGCCCCCUUGCACGCAGGAGGGCAGCCAUGCGGAAAACAGGACUGCGGAGGAGUGCAACCCCCACGCUGAGACCCAGAGGAAAAGACAGCUCUUCAGGGGGAGUCGUGACAGCUCGGGCUCCAGCUGGACGGGCAACAGCAGGCAGAGCAGCACGGAGGCGGACUGUCGCUGUAGCAACGAGGCCCGGCCGUGGAGCAGCACCGACUCGGAUUCGUCAUACCAGUGGACUAACCCCGCCCCCAAGCCCCGCCAGGCCGCCAACCCCGGCUGGGACGCGCGAGGCUCCAUCUCUCUCUUCAGACUGCCCCCCACCGCCUCUCCCCCCAACAUGGCCGAGCCCGCCCCUAACCCCGCCUACAUCCAGGAGAACGGCAUCCCACCCGGGAGCAUCCUUGUCAACCCUCACAACGGCCAGCCCUUCCUCAACCCCGACGGCACCCCCGUGGUGUACAACCCGCCGGCCACAUCGCAGCCAAUGGCAAGCCAGGCGUCGCAGCAGGUGUACUCGUCCGUCUCCUACCCCGCGCCGCAGACCUUUCCCACCCAGGUGGAGGAUCUUUCCGCGCAGUUUGCUCACGUGACCGUCGGGGAGGCCCCGCCCCUUUACCCGCCUGGGCAGAGCUUCAUCUAUGCAGCGCAGCCCCCUCCCCCCGCCAACCCCCACAGCUACUGCCAGCCCUCGCCACAGGUGCCUACCUUCUACUACAGCCAGUAUCCUACCUCAGUGCAACAUCCUGUCAAGGCCGCCUCCCCCAGCUGCAGCCAGGCGGCAGGUUACGCCCCCGCGGUGGGGGUGCAGCAGCCUUCGCAUCCCGUGCUGGGGGGCUACACGCCACUGGCCCCCCACCACUGUAGCAUUGUCCAGGGGGGCGUGUCCGUGUCCUUUCCACAAAGCAAGCUCAAGCUGGGGGAGACGGCCUACUGCUGCAUGCUGCCCCCCCCGCCGCCCCCCCACUGUGCCCACCCUGGCGGAGGACUCGGCGGCCCCGCCUGGACCGCAUAGCACGGAUGUGGAUGAAGUGAUCACACACACACACACACACACACACACACCUUUUCACGUGUCUUCCCCCACCCCCCCACUGUGUCCACAUGUUUGCACAAGCCACGCCCACAUUAGCGCACUGUACCAAAGCUUCAUAGCACAUGAAUUCAUAUAUUUGUCAAAGCUGCUGUAUUGAAUGCAUUAUUUAUACACACAAAUGGAGUUUUAUAUUCAUAUUCAACCAUAUAUAUAUAUAUAUAUAUAUAUAUAUAUAUAUAUAUAUACAUAUAUAUAUACACACAUACAUACAAAUAUAUAUAUAUAUACGUGUGUAUAUAUAUCUAUAUAGUGAUUGAACGCAAAUGCACUGUGUGAAAAUCCAAUAAACAGACGUGGCCGUCCUGACGUGCCCACGAUUACGUAUCACGCCGUUUGGCUCGUUUUCGUCUGUCGGGCGACACCACCGCAGCGUUCCUCGGGUUUUGUUGUGACUCACCAGCGCCCCCUGCUGCCCACAGGCCGCGUCUUCAUCUGCGAAUAUCGUCAGGAGGAAGUGUGAACUCCUCCCACAGCAGGAUGUGAAGAAUAACUGUACAAAGCGGGGGUGUAAGCUGAGAAAUGAAAGCAUGCCGAGGCCAUUUUGAGAUGUUUUCGUUUUCAAAACAGGUACGAAGGUGGUUUUUACACUUCGGGCUGCCCUCAGUUUUUGGUGAAUGUUAAAAGUCCAAGGGACCCAAAAGGGUCUCAGUCAUUUAAGUGUUAAAAAUAAGUCAUUUAUUACUCUCAACACUAAUUACAUCAACUUCAGAUCUAUCUAUUGCCAUAAAGUAUACUUUUUUUAUGUUUUACUCAUUUUGUAAAAAUAAAACCCUGUUUUUUUAGGUCGAUAUUUUAUUGAUCUACAGCAAAAACACAAAAAACAAUAUUUUCUUCCAAAAAAUGUAAAUACAAUAUUUGAUGUAAAUUAAUUUGAGGUCAAUAAUUUGUAAAAACUUUGAUUUUGAUUCAUUAUUUUUUUGUGAGCAUUGACAAUUGAACCUGAGUAAGACCUGGGUAAAAAGUCAAAAAAUCCAAAAGAACCCCACUCAAAAAGAAGUGUCAAAAAUACGCCAUAUAUAAAAAACAUAUUCUUUUUUACUUUCAAUACUUAAAUCUUUCCAUCUACUUCAGAUCUAUCCAUUGAUAUAAAGUUGUUUAACUAUGUUUUCAUUUUCAAAACAACUUCAACAUAAAAGGUCCCAAGGACACAAACGGAUUUCAGUUAUUAGUGUGUAAAAAAAUAAGUGCUAUAUAAAAAAAAAUUCAACUUUCAACCUAAAAAUAUUUAUAGAUCAACUUCAGAUCCAUCCAUUGCCAUAAAUUUUACUUUUUUUUUGUUUUACGCAUUUUGUAAAAAUAAAACCCUGAUUUUUAAGAUCGAUAUUUUAUUGAUCCAAGACAAAAAAACUAUGUUUUCCUCCAAAAAAAAUGUAAAUACAAUAUUUCAUGUAAAGUAAUUUGAGCUUUAAAUUGUUUAAUAUGUCGUAACAACUUUGAUUUUGAUUCAUUAUUAUUUUCUGAGCAAUGACAAUUGAGCCUGAAAAGGAGGUGGGUAAAAAGUCACAAAAUCCAAAAGAACCCCACUCAAAAGUGUCGUCCAUCAACUUCAGAUCUAUCCAUUGAUAGAAAGUUGUUUAUGUUUUCAUUUUCAAAACAACUUCAACAUGAAAGGUACCAAAGACUCAAACGGAUUUCAGUUAUUAGUGUGGGAAAAAAAUAAGUGCUAUAUACAUUUUUUUUUCAACUUUCAACGCAAAAUUGCCAUAAAGUUGGCUUUUUUAAAAAUGUUUAUGUUUUACUCAUUUUGUAAAAAUAAAACCCUGUUUUUUAGAUGAUAUUUCAUUGAUCCACGGCAAAAACACAAAAUAUGCAAUAUUUUCCUAAAAAAAAAAUGUAAAUACAAUAUUUCAUGUAAAUUAAUUUGAGGUCAAUAAUUUGUAACAACUUUGAUUUUGAUUCAUUAUUAUUUUGUGAGCAUUGACAAUUGAACCUGAAUAAGACCUGGGUAAAAAGUCACAAAAUCCAAAAGAACCCCACUGAAAAAAGGUGUCAAAAAUACGCCAUAUAUAAAAAAUAUAUAUUUUUUUACUUUCAACACUUAAAUCUUUCCAUCAAGUCUGGAAAAAAAUAAGUGCUACAUACAUUUUAACUUUUAACCCAAAAAUAUCUAUAGAUCAACUUCAGAUCCAUCCAUUGCCAUAAAGUAUAUAUUUUUUUAAUGUUUUACUCAUUUUGUAAAAAUAAAACCCUGUUUUUUUAGAUUAAAAUUUUAUUGAUCCACGGCAAAAACACAGAAUAUGCAAUAUUUUCCUCCCCAAAAAUGUAAAUACAACAUUUGAUGUAAAUUAAUUUGAGGUCAAUAAUUUGUAACAACUUUGAUUUUGAUUCAUUAUUAUUUUGUGAGUAAUGAUAAUUAAGCCUGACUAAAACGUGGGCAAAAAGUCACAAAAAUCCAAAGGAGUCCAACUCAAAAAAAGGUCGAGAAAUACGCCAUAUUUAAACAUAUAUUCUUUUUUACUUUCAACACUUAAAUAUUUCCAUCAACUUCAGAUCUAUCCAUUGAUGUAGUCAAAUUUGGUUUUGUUUUACACAUUUUUAAAAAUCUUUUACACACUUUGUCAAAGAAAAUCCAGUUUUUUAUGGCAAAAAACACUGAAUAUGCAAUAUUUCCCCAAAAAAUGCUUGUCAAUAUUUGAUGUGACGUACCUCGAGCCUUAAAUAGGUAAAUCAUUCAUAAAAAUGUUGAUUUUGAUUCAUUAUUAUCUUUUGAGCAAUGUCAAUUUUUAAAUCUGAAUGAGACGUGAGAAAAAAAUUAUACUAAAAGAUCCCCUCUUAAAAAAAGUGUUAAAAAUAAAUCCUAUUAUUUUUACUUUCAAUGUCUUGAUCCACUUCAGGUUCAUCCAAAGAUUUUAAGUUUUUAUUAUCUGUUAAACAGUGACAGUUAAAAAAAAAAAAAACUGCUUGCAGGGCAACUUUUUCUUGUUACCUUUCACUUGUUUUUGUAAUAGUAUUUGUAGAAAUCUGCUGCGGACUGCACUUUGGACGCAUUAAGUCAGCUAUAAUACAAACCCUGUUUCCAUAGGAGUUGGGAAACUGUGUUAGAUGUAAAUAUAAACAGAAUACAAUGAUUUGCAAAUCCUUUUCAACCCAUAUUCAGUUGAAUAUGCUACAAAGACAACAUAUUUGAUGUUCAAACUCAUAAACUUUUUUUUUUUUUUGCAAAUAAUCAUUAACUUUAGAAUUUGAUGCCAAGAACACGUGACAAAGAAGUUGGGAAAGGUGGCAAAAAAAACUGAUUAAGUCGAGGAAUGCUCAUCAAACACUUAUUUGGAACAUCCCACAGGUGUGCAGGCUAAUUGGGAACAGGUGGGUGCCAUGAUUGGGUAUAAAAGCAGCUUCCAUGAAAUGCUAAGUCAUUCACAAACAAGGAUGGGGCGAGGGUCACCAAUUUGUAAGCAAAUUGUCGAACAGUUUUAGAAAAACAUUUCUCAACGAGCUAUAACAAGGAAAUUAGGGAUUUUAACAUCCACGGUCCGUAAAAUCAUCAAAAGGUUCACAGAAUCUGGAGAAAUCACUGCACGUAAGCGAUGAUAAUACAGACCUUUGAUCCCUCAGGCGAUACUGCAUCAACAACUGACCUCAGUGUGUAAAGGAUAUCACCACAUGGGCUCAGGAACACUUCAUAAAACUACUGUCAGUAACUACAGUUGGUCGCUACAUCUGUAAGUGCAAGUUAAAACUCUACUAUGCAAAGCGAAAGCCAUUUAUCAACAACACCGAUCUCAUUUAAGAUGGACUGAUGUAAUGAGGAAAAGUGUUCUGUGGUCUGACAAGUCCACAUUUUAAAUUAUAUUUGUAAACUGUGGACAAGAAUGGGAAAGAAUUCCACUUUCAAAGCUUCAACAAUUAGUUUCCUCAGUUCCCAAACGUUUAUUACGUGUUGUUAAAAGAAAAGGUGAUGUAACACAGUGGUGAACAUGCCCUUUCCCAACUACUUUGGCACGUGUUGCAGCCAUGAAAUUCUAUGUUAUUUGCAAAAAAAAAAAUAAAGUUUAUGAGUUUGAACAUCAAA